CCAUCGUUGGCCACUCUUGUGCAGGCACAGCUAAGUCCUUGCCCACCGCACACAUACACUCAACCCUCUGCGCCCUCCCGCCCCCACGACACAUCAGCCUGCUCCACCCCGUCCGUCUCGCCCUUGCCCGCCCUGCCGUGCUCUUGUUCCCCUCGACAUCUUAGCUCCCGGCCCUGUCGAACAAGUCUUUACAGAGAUUUUCUCCCCUGUCGCCGUCCAAUCAAGACGGAGCCUCGCACGCCCCGUUGCAUAAUAGUGCACUGCAUCGCCGUGCCCCAAAAUGUUCAGUUGGGCAAAGUCAACGCUAGCCGCAGUUGCCGGCACCCAGGAGCCCGAAUACGGUCCUGAGGCCAUCCAGCCCGUGGGCAAGAAGGGCGACGAGCCUGCCUACACGGAGCUGACAAAGGACCACCUCAAGUGGUCCACGCUCGACUACACCAAUGUCGAGACACAGACCUUCUACAUCUUCAGCGACGCCGGCCACCAGGGCUUCCUGCAGGUCAUCUACAACAACAUUGCUGGCCUCCGUGUAACCGUCCAGUUCAACUGCAAGCUCUUCUUCCCCAACAACGAGAAGCCCUUCCUCUGGGCGAGCGACCCCGUCUACAACUACGGUUUCGACGAGAAGCAGCACUCUUUCUUCGCCGAUGGCGUCUCCAUUGAGCUCUCCGAGGAUGGCACCCAGUACACCAUCAAGGCGGCCGUCCGAGAGGACUGCAUGGUAGAUGUAAAGUUCACCAGGACCGCGCCUGGAUUUAUGGGCGGAAAGGAUGGCACCACCAAUUACGGUACCAACCCCAAGGAACCAUGGGGGUCGAUGCACCACCACUUCUGGCCUCGAUGCAGCGUCGAGGGCGCCAUUCACACCAAAGAGGGCCCGGUCGACGUCAAGGGCCGUGGCAUGCUGAGCCAUGCUCUCCAGGGAAUGAAGCCCCACCACGCCGCUGCCCGGUGGAACUUUGUCAACUUCCAGUCCCCCUCAUACUCUGCUAUUCUCAUGGAAUUCACAACCCCCGCCUCGUACGCCUCAACAAUCGUCCGAGUCGCCGGUAUUGCCACCGACGGCAAGCUCCUCUUUGCAAACACCGACGGCGAUGUCAAGCACACCGAGACCAAGCAAGACGAGACUGGCUGGCCAGCGCCUACUGCAGCAAGCUACCACUGGGUUGGAAAGACGGAGGAUGGAAAGGAUGUCACCGCAGACAUCGCAGGCUCUCUGGGUGAGAUAAUUGACCGCGUUGACGUCAUGGCCGAGGUCCCGGGCUUUAUCAAGACGAUUGUUGCCAGUGCAGCAGGCACCAAGCCAUACAUCUACCAAUAUGCGCCCAAGAUGACCAUCAAAGUCAAGGUUGGCGAUGAGAUCAAGGAGGAGGAGGGCACACUUUUCACUGAGGCUACCUUCAUCUCGUAGCUGGGCUCUCCCGGUUUUGGAUAUGACGACCCUCAGCUAUCCUUGAUACCCAAGUAUUAGUAAUACAUCAGGACUGGGACCUGGUUGUUUAAUGAAUAACGUUUGUCACGCUCAA